AUGCCUCUGGAACAGAUCCGCCCCGUCGCAGCGCUCAAUUCGUCCGAGUCGCUGCGACGUCAGAGCUACUUUGACUGCGCCUCUUCCUCCUCGACCGGCAACUCACCUUAUCCUCGCGACGAUGAUGGGAGCGACUCCGACAGAGAGCACGUGCAUGAUGAUGGCGAAGGUGUCUACGUCGAUCGUCACAAGAGGCUCUCGACCCCUUCGCGCCACAGCGAGUCGAUGAGUCUCGCCAAGCUCGGCGGGGUAGGUGGCGUUACACGCUCGGGAAGCUGGAGUCGCAACUCGAUGCCAGAGUCCUCACUCUCUGCUCGACGUGCCGGCAAUGAGAAGCGGUCUCCGCCCUUCAAGCCACAUCGGUCUUCGCUCGUCAUGUAUCAAGAGGACGGCGAGGAGGAAGAGGACAGAUUCGCCGCUUCAGAUGUCCCGUCCAGCCUUGCGACUGUCGGCGGGCCCGAUCGGCGCAGCUCUGACGGCGACCACAAGACGCCCUCGGCACCGUCAGGUUUCGCCCUACCGCUCUCGACUUCAACCACCCAGUACAGAUCAGUCGGCGCGCCGGCAUCCUCUCGCACAUCUACUGCCUCGUCCGCCGCCGCUUUCUCCCUGCGUUCGCUAUCGAACAGAACUUCCACAGGCAGCGUAUCCAGUUCGGCCUCCUCGAUCGGUUCACGCGGCGACACGGAUCGACUUACUCCUGCAUCUCCACCCAACCCAUCCGAUGUCCUCGAUCCGACCCUGACAGCCAAAUCAGCUUCCGACUCGACGCUGUCGGAAUCAUCGUCCUUAGCUUCGGCGACUGCUCCCUCUAGUCCGGUGCUCCUGGACGAGACCGUUUCAAACGUCGAGGACGAGACGAUUGAAGGGCAUCGAGCAUCACAUACAACAAGAGACCAGCCAUCCGACUCUUCCUCGCCGGUCGCUGAUGCUCGCUCCUUCGAUCAUCAUCAGCAGAGUCGGGGUCAGAAGUCAGCGCAAAUAGGCAGUGCUAAGGCAGCAGCAUCACCGAUACCGGAGGCAUUGGCCACGAGCGCGGACACGACAGCAAAUGCCGUGAACCGAUCAAAUGCACCAUCGGCUUCCAGUAGUAAGCUAGUGACUUCGCCCGUUGCGGAUCCAACUCUCACCCCCAGCGCUGAAGAGCUGUACUCAACUCCGACAUCAAAGGCCUUCUCGCCCCUGGUUCCUCGACGCCAUUCCGGCAUGAUCAUGAUACGCUCUCGAUCGCAGCUGGCUCUGCAUGCAGGUCUCGCUAUGACAUUUGCCAACGCAGAAGGAGGUCGAGCCGCAGCGCGCGAGCGAGCUCGUAACCAGACGGGGUGGGAAAACGCGCCUUUCAGCGUCCUGGAAGCUCAACGACAUGCACGCGCCUUCGCCGCUUCCCAGCCUGCAUCUCCUGGCACAUCAGCCGCAGCGGUAUCGUGGGAUUCUUCUGCUCCUGUUACGCUGCUGCAACCCGCUGCCACCGUCACGGAGCAGGCAUCGAUCAGAUCACCCAACAUGUCGCCUCGCGCACAGUCGUCGAUGCAGUCCUCCCCCAUCAUGUCGCCUUUGGCCCAGAGCAUCGAUGCCGGCACAUCUUCUCCACGCCCACGAUUGCCAUCACGCCAGAAGUCAGACUACUCCUUGUCCCGUACGGCACUAGCUCGCAUCGACACUGUCCUCGGUGUCUAUGGCACCGAAGGAUCGGGCUCCUCGCUUCCUGUGUCAGCCGAUGCUGCGACUUCUUCAACAUCCCCCGGCUCUCGCCCUCAGCCUACGAGGUCGCCCUCCAUCACUGCCAUCACUGGAGUCAACAGCCUUCUCAGGACGCCGACGACGGAAGAGUGGUCUCGAUUUUUGGAGAGCCAAGGUGUUGGCAUGGCCGGCCGCAGGAGCCGAACAGGCACCAAUCUGAGCACGGCCUCCUCCGCGCAACGAGGCAGCCGUUUGGCGCUAUCGAGCUUGUCCACGUCUGCGAGGGCCGAAACGGAUGCUGGUGCGGAUGACCGCGACGACGACAGUGACAUGGACAGUGACGAUUCAGACGACCACGAUCUGGGUGUUGAAGUGCUCGAGAAGCUCAAGCAGCUCGGUAUCAGUCGCGCCGCCAGCAGAGCGGGUUCGGUGUUUGGUGACGAGCUCGCCAGUCUUGACGAGGAGGAUGAGGAUGAUCUUUCCCCAGUUUCGCCACAGGUGAACAAGGUGCUCUCUCAGACUGAUCUGACGCCCCUCACUCCGAUGGCCUCGAAUCACAACCAGCUGCCAGCGAUUCAAGACAGUCCGCUUGCCGCGCUCCGCAGCAGCCCCAGCACCCCCCAAGCCGCAUUCGAUCGAGCUCUCACCCUACGCCUCCCACGCAGCAAGCGACCCACGUCCUCCGGCGAGGUUCACGCCACAUCGCAGCUACACUCGAUCGAGCACAAGAAAGACCUCAGCAUUUCGGACUUCGAAAUUGUUUCUGACAUCGGACGGGGUGCGUACGGACUAGUCAAGAAGGCGCGCAAGAUCGGUGCCGAUGGUCGUGGGCAAGGAGACGAAGUUGUCAUCAAGUACAUCAUCAAGAGUCGCAUCCUUGCAGAUUGCUGGCGCCGUCAUAGGGUGUUAGGACCGAUCCCGGUCGAGAUCCACGUCAUGGAUCAGCUAAGGCGAAUUGCCUACGUCGCACCUUCAAGGCCACGUCCGUGGGCACCGAAUCGGGCGAAGACGUUGGAAGACUACCGUGCGCGCAAGCGGCAAGAGAUGGAGCAAGAUAGGACAGGAGCUUCGACGGGGCCACCCUCAGCAGCGCCCGGACCGACCUCGCAUCCCAACAUCUGCAGAAUGCUCGACUUUUUCGAAGAUCACGAGUUCUACUACCUUGUGAUGCCGUGCUUCGGUCGCGGACAAGACCUUUUUGAUUAUGUCGAGAGCGCACCGGACGGCCUCGCAGCAUCACAAUGUCGGAGCAUCUUUGGUCAGGCAGCGGACGCGCUCUGGUUCCUUCACGCCAACAACAUUGUGCACCGAGACAUCAAGGACGAAAACGUCGUCUUGGACGGCCAAGGCAACGCGCAAUUGAUCGACUUCGGUAGCGCAGCGCACGUCCGACCGGGCAAGCUCUUCGACACAUUCAGCGGCACGCUCGACUAUGCGGCAGCUGAGAUCCUACAAGGAGAAAAGUACGCGGGGCAAGCGCAGGAUGUGUGGGCGCUCGGCGUGGUGGGCUUCGUGCUCCUGUGUGGUGAAUGCCCCUUCUGGAACGGCGAAGAGGCGGUGCAGGGAUUGGAAGAAGGCACGAGGGCGGCCCAGACGUUGAAGGAGCGAUGUCUGAUUGCACGUGGAGGACCUUCGGACGCGGAAGAGAAGCUCAUGGACGAGGACUUGGACGUAACACCGCUGGAUCCGGCGUGGUCUCCUCGCAAGGACAAAGAAGGGACCGAGCCCGAUGGCGGUGGACGGGUGGACGACUUUGUCGAUCUCAUCUCGCGCUGCCUGGAGCUCGAUCCCGACUCGCGACCCUCUGCCGAGCAGAUCUGCCAACACCGAUUCCUUGCCGGAUUUGCAGGCUGGACCGGCCGUCGCGGAUGGCAGAGGCUAAAGGCGCCGCUGGUUCCAUCGUGCACGAGCACGAACGAGACUAGGGGAAGCAUCUCUGCGCCCACCACGUCGGCAGCAGCGUCAGCAGCCCUUACAGCAUGA